AUGUCGACAACGUCGGAUAUAAGUCCAGCUGAGUUGGAAAAACUCCUACUCGAAGAGUCCACUACAGCUGAGCAGCUGGCAUCAAUGAAGUCGACAUUGGAACGCCUCAUAACUAAAGUGGAUAAUCUUGCGAACAAGGACUCGCAACAGGUGCGAUAUUCAGCAGAUAUUAUCGCAGAGAAGUUGGCGAGCAUACGCGAGAUUCCGGCACAAAUGCUGCAAGGAGUCUCGACCAGGUCCAGCAAGCAGGCGGAAGAGUUCGUAUCCUCGAGAAUCAAUGGAGAAUGUGUUCUCAUUGAAGAGGAACUCAAGCGCCUGGCUGAGCUGGAGGCCGAGACUGCAGCUCUUAAAAGCUUGGUGUGUGAGACGUUAGGAGUGAUCCUUAAUGCAAAAACGCUGCAGUGUACAGCUGACACACUAGAGCUUAGCCGUAAGGCACAGUUUACCAACGUUGUCCACUUACAGGAGCUUCACAAAGAUGGAGAAGCUGACAAAAGUGGAAACAAACCUACGAUCGUGUACGAACAGCUCAACACAAAUGAGUUCGACGAUGUCGAGUACCAUUCAGAGUUCGAUCCAAUAGCUGCAGCGCAAGGUAAAUGUUUUCGAGAGAUUACCCUCGACAGGAAACCUGUAUGCGAAAACUUGCAGCCAGAAAGGACGAUCGAAUCGAAGCUGAAGACCAAGGCCUCGAGCCGCUCGUCAUCGAUUCUGUGCCAAAGCCAAGGUGGGUCAGAUCGUUUCGAGAGUGAAAUUGGGCCUAUCCUAGCAGCUAUGGCCUUACCCGAGGUAGAGAUAUUUGAUGAUCCACAAGGGAGAAAGUUCAAUGACUUUAUCUUGAGGUUCACCAUGAAAUACUCAAACCUUGGAUUGCGAAAUGACCUGCUUAACCAUCUGCUUCUGACAAAAUUAGAGGGAUACCCCAAAGCAGUGGCUAAAACUCUGCCAAAACAUAUAAGAGAAGGAAACUUCGAUGUUCUCGUAGAAGCUCUACGAGCAAAAUUCGAAGUAAACGACUCCGCAAUGCAGAUGAAGGCAUACCUUGAUCUUAAACGCCUCAGGAAAACUGGAGACGUGACAAGAUACUGCCUGGAGUUGGAAAGGCUAUCUAGAGAGGCCUAUCCUGAUGCAUCUGAGGAGGAGUUGUCUCGCACCAGAGCAGGAGAAUUAGUGAGCCAGUUAACGGAUUGGCCCGAGUAUCUCCAGCUCUACACCACGAUGGAGAUUGCUCCGAAGGAAGCGGCGUAUGACAUGGUAAAAGCCAUGGCUCAAAGGUGUGAAAGAAGUAAAGAAGUAGCAGCAGCCAUGCGAGACGCUGCUGGAGAUUGUGCCAAAAGACCGCAAGAAGGCGGAAAACGCAACGCUGACCUUACUUACGGAACAAAAGCGCAAAACUUCAAAAACACACCAGAAAAAGCGCCAGCAAGCGCCAACAAAGAUGUCCACACGAAGGCGGAUCAGCGUAGGACCGUCAUCAAGUGUUUUAACUGUAACAAAAAAGGGCAUCUGGCAAAAGACUGCAUGCUGCCAAAAAGGCGGGCAGAUAACGAUGGAGCAACAAGAACGAGGCAGCAAACAGAACCUCCAAAAAGUUUUAGCACAUCCCUAAGAAAUUGGAUAUGCAGAGCAGUGAAAGCACCGGACAAUUGCGAUCUGGUUGGAAAGCAAAUGACUGUCGAGGUGCACCUACUGGGAAUGCGUCGCAAGGCAUUGUUGGACACAGGCUCCCAAAUUAGCAUUCUGCCACUGCAAGUACUCAAAACAGCUCUGGAAGCUGGUUUUGACGUAGACGCUGAUGUGAAGGAGAUUCCUUUCAAUCAACACAAAAAGGUUCUCGAUGCCUCCGGCAACAAGAUGUCGUUCAAAGGAGCGAUAAGCCUAACAGUACAAUUGGGUAACGGUGACAAGCAACGAAUAGCCGUAUUCGUUAUGUCGGGAGGAGACGGCAUGAUGGUUCUGGGAACCAAUGCUCUACGGAAAUUUGGUUAUAGCCUUAUUCAUCGGGAUUACACCAAGCCUGUGGCUCAACCAUUAGCCGUAGAAAUCGACAAUGCUUGCACGCAGAAAAAUCGUGCCACAAAGCAACAACAUACUCAAGAAAGCGGACCACCAAAUUCCCUCCCAGUGACUGUCACCAAACGAGUAUAUAUCCGUCCGGGUCAGACAAAGCUGCUGAAUGUUCAGUGCAAGAAUUUCACAAAGGAAGGAAUCCUCUGGUCGAAGGAGUGUUUACUUCCAGAUAUAGUAUGGGAAGGUGGAAAGCAGACACAGAACCUGCCCAUAACAAACACCUUUGCAGGAGCAAAGAUAUUUCGAGUAGGGGAGGAGGUAGGGACAUUCGAACCCACAACGGUUGUCGAAGUUCCACCUGUCUACCCUGGAGACAUGUUAGAACGUACUGUGGAAGCGUCUACAGACAGGGAAGAGAAAUUGCUAACAGCACUGCGUGCGAAAAGAACAAGCGGAGAGUGUGACGAAGCAAUGGUAGCCCUGGUGAGGCGUUAUGCCAACGUGUUCGCCGUUAGCGAACAGGAGCUUACCCAGACGAACCUAGUGGAGCACAAUAUUGACACAGGCGAAGCAAUGCCGAUACGGCAAAAAGCUCGUCCAGUGCCACUAGCCACACGCGCGGAACUUCGUCACAUACUGAAUGAUCUGCAUGAGCGUAAGAUCAUUGAACCAAGUAAAUCGAGCUGGGCGUCACCCAUAGUUUUGGUACAAAAGAAGGACGGGACGCUCCGAUUAUGUGUAGACUAUCGCAAGCUAAAUCAGGUAACGAAAAUUGACAGUUAUCCGUUACCAAGCAUCGACACAAUCUUGCAAAGUCUGAAAGGAAAGAGAUACUAUUCUACAUUAGACCUGUCCUCAGGCUAUUGGCAGAUAGCUCUUUCUGAAGAUGCAAAAGAAAAAUCGGCGUUCACUACGACAGAGGGCCUAUACCAGUUCCGGGUAUUGCCGUUCGGCCUAGCGUCGUCGCCGGCCGUAUUUCAACGCUUAAUGCAUGCCGUUCUAGGUCCUCUACUGGGGGAUGAGGUAUUCUGCUACUUGGAUGAUAUCAUGGUAGCAACAGAAACGGUGGAACAGCAUCUUCAUGUUCUGGAACGGGUUUUCCAGCAGUUAUCAAAAGCACGGCUAAAGCUGAAUCCAAGGAAAUGUGUGCUACUGGAGAGGAAGGUAGAGUUCCUCGGCCAUAUUAUCGAUCAAAAAGGGUUGCACAUGGAUCCAGCGAAGGUGGAAGCGAUAAAGAGGUAUCCACUACCACGGUCGCGCUCGGACCUUCGAACUUUUCUCGGUAUGUGCUCUUACUACCGGAAGUUCGUAUUGGGAUUUUCAAAAGUGGCUGCGCCACUCCAUGAGAUGACGUCCGAGAAAGUACUUUUCAAAUGGGACUCCAUGCGAGAAGCAUGUUUUGAAAGAUUGAAAUCAAUUAUUGUGCAAGCACCAGUGCUCGCACAGCCAGAUAUUGAGGCGGCCAGAAAUGGGCAAAAGCCAUUCAAAAUUCAUACCGAUGCAAGCGUUCAGGGUUUAGGCGCUGUCCUGAGUCAAGAAGGCGACGAUGGAUUUCUACACCCGGUGUUCUUUGCAUCGAAAGGUCUUUCUCGCUCUGAGAAAAAUUAUCACGUGACCGAUUUGGAAGCAUUGGCGGUCGUUUUUGCCUUGAGAAAGUUCCAUAUGUUCGUAUAUGGGCUUCCGGUCGAAGUAUACACCGACCACCAAGCUUUAACAGCGCUCUUCAAACGUACCAAUGUCUCUGCAAGAGUGCUCCGAUGGGCACUCGAACUUCAGAAAUAUAAUCUGAAGAUAAUUUACCUUAAGGGGGCUGCGAACCGCGUGGCAGAUGCGCUGAGUCGUGGUGCCAUUCCGCCAAAUGAGGAGAAGAUGGGAUCAAUUCCCAACGAACUCAUUGUGGCUGCUGCGGCGGAAGAGCCUGAGUGGACAACCGAACUCCGACAGAACCCUGGUUAUGCUGAGGUUAUAGCGAACCUAGAGAACGGGAAGCUUGACAAAGACGUCAUGAUUCCAGAGCUGUUCCAAAAGUACAAAGUGGCAGACUUUGUAAUGGACCAAGGGUAUCUGGCGCUACUGGACAAUUGUCUAGUGCGAAGAGUUGUGCCGAUGUCCAAAAGAAGAGCAGUAUUUGAAGAAGCGCAUUCCGGUCUAUUGGCUGGACAUUUUGGUCCGAAGAAACUGAUCAGACAACUGUCAAAAAGGUUGUUUUGGGAAACUAUGAAGCGGGAUAUCACCCAGUGGUCCCAAGAAUGUCGAGAAUGCCUUUGUCACAAUCAUCGUCAUCCAAUGAUACCAGGGUUAAAGCCGAUCGUGACAUCAAUGCCGUAUGAACUUGUUGGCAUAGACAUCUUGGAGAUGGGACCAACGACUAGCGGUAACCGGUAUAUACUCAGCGUGAUAGAUCAUUUCUCGAAAUUUGGAGGUGCUUAUGCCAUCCCAUCAAAAUCUGCGUUGAUGGUAGCAAGAGUAUUCUUCGAGAGGUGGGUCGCUGAAGGAGGACGUCAACCAAAAUGUAUCCUGUCCGAUCAGGGAGGAGAAUUUGACAACCGGUUGAUGCAGGAGCUCAGGUCGUUGAUGGGUAUAGACCAGGUAUUCACCAAGGGUUAUAACCCUCGAGAAAAUGGUCUGACUGAACGUUUCAACCAGACUUUGAUCCAAAUGUUGAGGAAAAAGGUAUCUGCUCCUACCGAGUGGGACACUAUGCUCCCAUUUUGUGUGUUCGCUUACAAUACAACGACACAUGAGUCCACAGGAGAGUCACCUUUUUAUUUGUUACACGGAUUCGAUCCGUACGUUCCCUGGAAAACAGUACCUCCCAAUGAAAUAAGCAAUUAUGCGGUAGACUUCGAAAGCUACACGCAAGAAGUUGCGGCGGCAACGAAAAUCGCCCGUGAUUACGCUCGGAAGGCAAAUGAUAAAAUGCGGCACAAGAUGAAAAUUGCUUAUGAUCGGGACAAACAGGUAUGCCUAAAGACCCCGAAAGUCGGUGAUCGGGUAUACAUGAAAGUUCCUACAGAAAAACAGUCAUCUCGGAACCCCAAGCUGGUUAAUCCUUGGGAGGGGCCGUAUCGUGUGCUUGAUAUCAGCAAUAAUAGUGCUCUUAUAACCUUGAUAGAUGGAUCAAGAGAAGCUGUUAGAGUACCGUUUGAUAUGCUGUUGAAGCUGCCAAUGGGAGUAUCCAAUGAGGCCCUAAGGACUAGUAAAACCAGAGGGAAGAGAGGGAGACCUAAAAAGAAGAAAGGUCCAGGUAGCGUUGUGUCUGAAAGAGUUUUCUGUUUCAGGACACUGAUUACCUUUGAACAUCCUCUCAACUUGCGACGGAGAUGCAACUGUGGUAUAUUUGAACAGAUGGCGCAUGUGGCACUACCAGCACUCAAGCAUCCAAUGGCACGUUCAAAAAAAGUCAUGGAUAUGUUUCAGCUAGCCAACGUCGCCUCAAUUUCGGAGCAAGAGUGUUGGGGAGACGAGCGUAAAGAAGCGGAACUACGUAUGAAAAAUUCCCAGUACCUGACACCGUACGGCAUAGCUAUGGCGAUGCAAGCACACCGUCGCCGUUGUCAUGCAUAUGCGGAAGCGAUUGAUCAAGCCCAAGGUAUGCGAUUCGAACACCCGGCGCUUUUCUCGUGGCCGGUGAAGUACGAUGUCGGCGCAUACAUCACGACCGCACUCUCGAUGUUGAAAUAUGUGAAGGCGUCAGGCCCGUCGACAGUAACUAUUCAACAGAUUUUCCUAGCUUUACCUUCCGCUUUCUGCAGAGUCCAUGCAGAUGUGGACUACGGCGACAACAUGUUGGUGUAUGUCUACAACAAAUGGGAGCUGCUGGCUCAAAAACUGAUAGAAAUGGACAUUGCGAAACGACAAGGAAAGUUCUGGAAGGAGAAACACACGGAAAAUUCAAGAAAUGGAAGUGCUUCUCCUAUGGAAACUGGAGACGAUUAG